AGCCGCCAUUAAAAAACGUCCAUCCGUUUUGGACUUUCAGUGGGUUUUUAUUUAUUAUAGACAUUUUUAAAUAAUUAGGUGAAUCUCGGACACCUUGGACAUUGUGCAGUGAAACUGAUGUGAUUUAUAAUUUAAGUGUCGUGAGUAAGAACAUAACUGAGUGCUCAAUAUUAUAAAUAUCGUGGCCAAUGUCAGCAGGCGUGUCAGAUCAGCGGAUGAAAGGGCAAGGGAAUCAAGUUAAUAAUGCACCGAAAGAGCAACAGUUAGAGAGUGGCGGAGAUGAGUUGGCUGAGGUGUCAUGGCGUCACCAACAGCAACCCUCGUACGCGCCGCCCAUCUCGUCAGCCGACCCCUACAGCGCGGCAGGUUAUUACGGUACAACAGCACUUCCUUACCAAGCUUUUGGAGUCGGGGAUGGGACAUGGUCCACCAAUGGAACAGACCCGAUGACUUUCCUCGGAGGAUACAAUCCUCACGAUUCUUAUGGAAUGGAUGGUAGUGUAUUCGGACACUCAACAACGCCAUUUUCGACCGCUGCAUUCGGUCAACCCGCAUCCACAUUCAAUUAUUUUCACGGUAACGGUGACUACUCCACUUGGGGUCAAUUAGGUCGCGCUAAGCAAUAUGACGACUACUACAGGAACGAGGGCAUCUACGUGGCCGACGGCAUCAAGGCGGUCGAGGCCGGCGUGCAGGCGCUGGCGCUCGGCGAGCACAAGGACAAGGAGCGCGCGCCCGAGCUCAAGGACGCGGCCGGCGCGCCCAAGAAGAUGACGUGGGCCUCCAUCGCCUCGCAGCCCGCCAAGCCCGCGCCGGCCGCGGCGCCCGGCGGGCUCAAGAAGAAGGGGCCCGGCAUGCCGCCGCCGCCCAUCGUGCCCGGCAAGCACAACAUGGACAUCGGCGCCUGGGACAAGGCCAGCGCCGCGCCCGUGGCCGCCGCGCCGCCGCCGCCGCAGCCGCAGCCGCCCGCCGCGCCGCCCGCGCCCGCGCCCGCGCUGCCCCGCGGCCCGCCGCCCGCGCUGCCGCCGCCCGCGUCCUGGGCGCAGGCGCGGCCGCCGCUGCUGGCGCGCCCGCCGCCGCCGCCCGCCGCCGCGCCGCCGUCCGCGCCGCCCGCGCCACACCCCGUGCUCGACGAGCUGCGCGUCAAGAACGACUACAACCCCAAGGAGUUCGACCUCAGCGCGCCGCUCGCCCGCUUCUUCGUGAUCAAGUCCUACUCGGAGGACGACAUCCACCGCAGCAUCAAGUACGAGAUCUGGUGCAGCACCGAGCACGGCAACAAGCGGCUGGACGCCGCCUUCCGCGAGCGCGAGCGCGAGGGCGGCGCCGUGUACCUGCUGUUCUCCGUCAACGGCAGCGGCCACUUCUGCGGCAUGGCGCGCAUGACCAGCGCCGUCGACUACAACUCCAACUCGAGCGUGUGGUCGCAGGACAAGUGGAAAGGACAGUUCCGCGUGAGGUGGAUCUAUGUUAAGGACGUUCCUAACGUGCAACUUCGUCAUAUCAAAUUAGAAAAUAACGAGAACAAGCCGGUGACGAACUCGCGCGACACCCAGGAGGUGCCGCACGCCAAGGGUCUGCAGGUGUUGCGUAUUAUGCAUAGUUACUGUCACUCUACGUCUAUUUUCGACGACUUCAUUCAUUACGAGCGGCGCCAGGAGGAGGAGGACUCGCGUAAGGUUCCGCACCAUAACAACCAGGACAACAGCCGCGACGACCAGGAGCCGCCGGGGCGGGGCUACCGCAACUACCGUGACUAUCGCGACGGGCGAGACGGCCGCGAGCAUCGGGACGGGCGCGACUCGCGGGACCACCGCGACUCGCGCGACAACCGCGAAGGUCGGGACCCGCGCGACCAGAGGGACGCCCGCGACCCGCGCGAUCACCGCGAUCACCGCGACCACCGUGACGACCGCGACGGCCGGGAUAACCGCGACCACGGCUACCGUGACCGUGACUCUAACUAUAGAUCCCAUCAUAAGGACCGUGACGGUUCGCGUGGCCGCGGGCGUCCUCGCAAUUGAUAUAGACGAUACACGAGGACUGUUGAGGACUAGCUUCUCUCCAUAGACAACUAGUACUGGAGUAACUAAUUGGUACCGUAUUAUAAGGGCAUGUCUAUGUGUCGGGGCAUACAUGAACAGAAUGGAGGAUUUGUCCUUUUCAAACGUAACCGAUGUUACGUUGCAAUCUGAACAAUUUAAAUGUAACAUAGAAUAUUGAUUGUUUUAAACAGUGCGUCAUUAAAAAACUCUCAACAAAUUAAAAUGUGCUAAAUAUUUUGUACUGGAAGAACGUUUUAUUAAACAAACGCCUAGUGAACCGAACAUUAACUAAUAACAACAUUCACCAUGUGCCAGUUUCGUGACACAUGACAUUGAGUGGAAUUGUGGACUUUGUUUCAAAUUUGUGGACUGAAUCAAUGAAAUAUACUAAUUUUUAUAACUAGAAAAUUCUGUGGUGAGAGGAGUUGAUCCUUUUUAGGGACUGGUGAAGUUAUAAAUAACACCAACAUAUUGUGAGUGUUGACUGAGUGUAGUGUUAUUAAAGGUACCGCAGUCAUCAAGUGUUGAAUAUUAUAAAGAAAUGUUAACAAUAUAGUAUGUCAUGGUUGACAAUUUUGUAAUACAUAAAAUGAGAAAAAAUUGUAAUCAAGCAAGGUGUGGAAAUUUUGUAUACAUUUUUUUAUUAUCUGUAAAAGGACAGCUAAAGAUUCUCUCGUGGCAUUGAGUUCUGUUUUAUGCUUUAUGUAUGUAGUACAAUUUUCUUUAAAUAUGUACGUAUUUUUUCAAAGGACUGUUGUUACAUGACUCGCACUAUUAAGGCAAGAUCGAUCUGGAAUGUGAUACUGUUUUUAUUAAUAAAGUACUCUAGUAUUUUAACUCUUGAGGUGGUAACACAAUAAUGUUAUUGAUUCUGGCUACACCAUCAUUGUUGGUCAAAUAAUUUUGGAAUUUUAUCAGUUUCUGUUUUAUUUUUACAGUUUUAAACCAAUAUUAUAUUUUAUGAUAUUUCUUAAUAAACCUGUUCCAGACCGAUCUUUAAUAAUAAUUUUAUCCAAAUUGAAACUGUGCUUCUUUAUGAUGCGAAAAAAUGAUUGAUUUUAUGAUUUUCAUAUAGUUUUAGGUAGAUAUUAAAAUAUUCCUUGUUGAAUUUUUUAAUUGUAUGUACAUAUUUAUACAUUUUAAUAUUUACUACUUUUAAGAGCAACUGCAGUGUGACGAGAGAAAAUUGAUCGAUAAAAUAAAAUAUCAAUUUUACUGUUCAAUAUGUUUGUUACAUUAUAUUAUAUACUGUCUCCCCACCUUA